AUGGACAAACUUGUUCGUGAGCGUAAGUCGCUAGAGCCGCGACUUUCGCGAAUUUCGGGUGUAGUGGCAAAGUUAAAGCCAGAAGAGGCCGAAGAAAUAGACGUACAAAGUGAGCUAGAUGCUCUGAGCGAAGUGUGGUCUAGUUACGGUGUCGUGCACCGGAGAAUAAUUGAUGCAUGUUCCGAUGACGAAACCUAUGAAAGUGCUGUGAAACACCAAGAAGUCUUCGAAGAAAAUUACAUUUUGGUGAAGAAUCGGUUACUAAAGAUCAUGAAGGCUGUUAAGAAUCGGGAUAGUUCAACAUCGGCACAGCAAUCAACAUCUCAAGAUAUUAUCAAGCAGCUCGCCGCUCAACAAGCAGAACUUCUACGUGUGAUGUCGACCAACAUGGCUGCCGCUAGUGCUUCUACUUCAGCCGCCAUUGCGAAUCGUGAAACUAAUCAAGCCCCGCUCUCCGAUCUCAAGCUGCCUCAGAUGAACCUUCCUAUCUUCAGAGGCGAUUAUCUUGAGUGGCAAUCUUUCAGCGACUUGUUUAAUAGUAUGGUGCAUCACAAUCCUUCACUCAAAGAUAGCCAGAAACUUUAUUUUCUAAAAACGAGUCUGGAUGGUGAGGCGGCAUCAUUGAUCUCACAUCUCAAAAUAGAGGAUGCAAAUUAUCAAGCUGCCUUGGACAAGCUUAAGUCCCGAUACAACAAGCCUCGCGAAAUUGCCAAUAAACACAUACAGCGCUUUUUGGCACAAAGCGCGUUGACGUCAUCUUCGGCGCAAGGCCUUCGUAUGUUGCAUGACAUUUCAGAUGAAGUGAUUCGGGCUCUCAAAGCUAUGAAUAGAGAGGAUCGAGAUACAUGGCUUUUGUUUAUCCUCAGCGAAAAGGUGGAUCCCGAAACAAAACAGCUGUGGUGCCAGAAAAUUGCCGAAAUGCACGACGAUGAUAUCACUCUGCAAUGUUUCCUGAGCUUCAUUGAAUCGCGAAGUUUUGCACUUCAAUCAGCGCAGCCUAUCAAACCGAAGCCUACCCUGCCGUUCAAGCAACCUCUAAAGCUUCCGCCUCGGGGUGCAACGACUUAUGUUGCCACACAUACGCCAUUUUGUGAACUAUGUUCAAAACCACACCUAUUGUACCAAUGCGGAAUGUUUUUGCAUAUGAGUCCCAACGAUCGUCUUGCUCACGUUGAUCGCUUGAAUCUCUGCGAAAACUGUCUAAAAAGACACCCGGGUGAAAGCUGUAGAGCAGGUAUGUGCCGCAAAUGCAACUUACCUCACCACACGCUGCUACACCUUUCCUCAUCAUCAGCAUCCACCGCGGCCCACGCAAGUAUAGGACAACCGCCACAGUCCUUGAUUUCGGCCAUAGAAGAACCAGCCGCUGUCGAUGUCUCCAACGUUCUACUUGCCACAGUCGCCAUAGAUGUCUUGGAUCACAACGGGCGGCCUCACGUCUGCAGAGCUGUCUUGGACAGUGCAUCCCAGGUCAAUUUCAUUAGUGACAGUUUUUGCCGAAAGCUUGGCCUUAAAACGAAUACGUCAAGUAUGAUACUUGAAGGCAUCUCGUCUACGCCCGCGCGCACCGACAAGUGUGCUGAAAUUAUUAUUGCAUCACGUUGCACAACCUAUCGAGCUGUUUUGCCUUGCCUGGUUCUGGAGAAAAUCACUAAGUCACUUCCCUGCAAGCCAGCGCACAUCGAUAAUUGGCCGAUCCCAGGUUCAAUAAACUUAGCGGAUCCACUAUUUCAUCUUCCCGGCCCGGUCGACGUUCUACUGGGCACAGAAUUAUUUUUCCAAUUGCUGGAGCCUGGAAAGGUCGAUCUCAGCACCGACGACAGCUUACCAACACUACAGAAUACUAAACUCGAUUGGAUAGUUGCCGGUCGGUACCACGAACCAAACCCGAUGACCAGAACUCACACCUCAACCUGCCUAUUGAUCUCGCAUGAGGAUGAGCUGUCAAUUCAACUUCGCAAAUUUUGGGAGCUCGAGGAAUACAAAGUGAACACUAACCAUCUUUCCGAAGAAGAAACACUCUGCGAGCAACAUUUCACUGAUCAUACCAUUCGGGAUGAAUCAGGAAAGUUUGUGGUCAGGCUCCCGUUUCUCUUGGAUCCCAAUAAACUUGGGGAAUCGCGUCUAAUGGCAGAGAGAAGACUGUAUCACAUCGAGAGAAAGCUCGAUCGUAACCCACUGCUCAAAGCAGAGUACCAUGCAUUCAUGCGUGAGUACCUUGAGCUUGACCACAUGUCUAUCGUCAAGGAAGCUAGUAUCCCGAACAAAUCUGUCUAUUUGCCGCAUCACUGCGUUAUUAAAGCAUCAAGCUCAACCACCAAAUGCCGGGUUGUUUUUGAUGCGUCGGCAAAAACAACUAGUGGUCUCUCAUUGAAUGACGCUCUAAUGUGUGGUCCUGUGAUCCAGGACUCGCUGAUCAACAUUUUGAUUAGAUUUCGCUUCCCGGCAAUAGUUCUGGUUGGCGAUAAGAAGCAAAUGUAUCGUAUGGUUUGGUUAAAUGAGGUUGACCGAGAUUUUCAAAGGAUCUUGUGGAGGUGGAACAAGGACGAACCGGUACGAGAAUAUCAUCUAAACACGGUUACCUUCGGAACUAAGAGUGCAUCGUAUCUGGCAACUAAAUGCGUCCAGGAGUUACUGGAAUCCUACAGAGAAAGAUACCCAGAAGCAGUAGAAGAGGCAAUCAAAGGCACCUACGUCGACGAUGUCCUUACUGGUGCAUCGUCUGAAGAAAAGGCUAAGGCGCUAAGGGAACAGCUUACGGAGAUGUUUGCCGCUGGUGGAUUUCAUUUGAGAAAAUGGGCUUCAAACAGCGCUGCUGUGUUGGAAGGCGUACCAGAGGCAGACCUGGAGAUGAAGAUUUCGAUUGAAGAAGGCGGAGGCAGUUCCAUCAAGACCCUCGGAAUGCAGUGGCAGCCGUGCAGUGACGAGUUCCUCUUCACCUAUCACCAAAACGAGAUCCUUCAGCCCACAAAGCGCAGCAUAUUAUCACAAAUCUCCAGCCUUUUCGACCCCCUAGGGCUGCUUGCACCAGUGAUUGUAAAAGCAAAACUUGUGAUGCAGCGAAUGUGGGAACUGAAGGUGGCCUGGGAUUCGAUUCCCCCCGGUGAGUUAUCGAAUGAAUGGUUUGAUUUGGUGCAGAGUUUUCCACUUCUCAAUACAUUUCAGAUUCCCCGGCGCGUGAUCGAUAUGCGCCACUGGUCUCGUCUCUACCUGCACGGCUACUGCGAUGCAUCCGAGGUGGCAAUGGGCGCGUGCAUCUACGUUCGUGCUAUGGACGACGACGGAAACACAUCUUCUCAUCUUCUCUGUGCUAAAUCGAAGUUGGCACCAAUCGGCAAUGGCAGAGUAACGACACCACGACUGGAGCUUUGUGCUGCCGUCAUCCUGGCACGGCUGAUAACAAAUGUUCAAGCAGCGAUGGCUACGACCACUUUCCACGAGAUUCGUGCAUUUUCCGACUCUAAAGUUGUACUGGCUUGGCUAUCUGGAGGCGCCUCACGGUGGAAAACGUUUGUGGCCAAUCGUGUGGCGGAAAUUGUCACGCACGUUCCCGCCAUCAACUGGUAUCACAUAGGCACUGAAGAAAACCCCGCGGACCUAAUCUCGCGAGGUUCUUUCCCUGAGCAGCUGCAGCAGAACUCGCUCUGGUGGUUCGGUCCUGUUUGGAAUCCAAUAGAAAUCGAAAACGAAGCCGGCACCAAUGACGACCUGGACAGCAGUGUAUGGCGGCACAUCGAAAGAGAGCAGCGCAAUGUUGCCUUAGCGUGUAUUGCUGUGUAUGAAAACCAGUUUUUGGAAAAUAUGAUGCAGAGAUAUUACCCGGACCUCAAAUUUCUCCUUCGUGUAACUGCUCGAAUGCUUCGUAUUAGCCAUCGUGAGUUCCAAGAUAGUGAACGACUCUCAUCUACCGAGAUUGAAUUCGCUUUGAGGAAAUACCUACAACAUGUACAACGUCGGCAUUUCUCGGACGAAAUAAACCGAAUGGAGAGAAACCUAGAAGUCGAUCGGAGCAGCUCUCUGUAUCAACUUCGUCCCUUUACGGACGAAAACGGACUUGUAAGGGUGGGCGGCCGGCUCGAACAAUCUGAUUUGAGCUAUGAUAUUGCACAGUUCACACUCAAUUGGACUACACAGUUUGAAACUGCAACCUGCAUAAGUGUGAUUUACAAGUGUGAUCUGUCAAAUUUGAUAGAUCCGUUGACAGCUCGAAAUAUCAACACAUUGUUUUGA